UAUGUCAUGUCUGCUGUAGUGCCAUCUUGUGGUUUUCUGGACACUAGUUAUGUUUUGGUUUGUUCCUGCUUUGUAGUUCACGUGAUCACUAAUUGUUUCCAGCUGUCUGUCAUUGUCUAAUUAUUGUUGCCUUUAUAAGCCUUGUUAUGUUGUGUUUAGUUUGCCUUUGGAUUUUUGCUGUUUUGCUCGUGCACCCUGUUCACCCGAUUCUGGUUUGUUUUGUCCGGCUCUUAUCUGUUCCUAGUCUGCUCACUGACUCAUCGUUUUGGUUUGUUUGUUUGUUCACUUUGUUUCAUGUUGUGAUCAUAUUUUUGAAUUCCUGUUCUAACUUUGUUUGAUACACUUUUGUUUAUUGUGUUGUACUUUUGUCUCUGUUCGAUUUUUGAACCUGGCCUGUCCCCUUAUUUAUUAUUAAAACUUCUAUUGCUGCAUUUGGAUAUCUUUUGUAUUUUUGUAAGCCCAUUCGUGACAUAAUCCAAAGGCCACACUAAUAUCCAGCAGCAUUUUUCCCCCCUCUUUUUCUAGUGUGUUUUUUGUCAAGAAUGAGCAUUCGAAUUGUUCUUCCAGCGACUGAAAAGGAGCGGUCACUUCGGCUUCAGGCAUUAGCAGCUGAACGUCAGCAGGGUUGGGAGGUAGGAGCUUUUGCUCAGUCGUUUUGGACCAUGGCUGUGGGAUUGGGGUUGUCAGAUCAUGAACUAAUGACCAUUUUUAAUCAGUGCCUGGAUUACCCUCUUUCUGUUGUGGAAGUGGAGGAGCUUGGGAUCACUGAAUUUUGGGAUUUUGCUAUUCAUCUUAAAAUGAAUGGGCAAAGUGAUGACUUGGUUUCUGGGAUUGUUCCUAUUUCAGAAGCCCAAAUUAAAGACACCAUCCUCAUAGACUGUGCUCGUUCUAUCUCAGAGUAUUUUGAGUCCCUUUAUGAAAUUUUGGCCAGUGUUGAAAUAAAGCCCACAAUUGAUUUUUCUGAGUUCCAGUCAGUGGGAGAUUCUGAUCCUGAGGUUCCUUUGGAGUUUGUUUUUGUUCCAGGACCUCUUUCUAAGAUGGCUGAUCAUUUGGAAGUUUGGUUAAAUGAGGCUGAUACUUAUGAACAUUUUUGCAAAAUGGCUGUUAGUUCUGAAUUUAUCCCUGAGGCUAUGAUCGUUUUUGAGCCAAUGCCUAAGCUGAUCGAUAUUUCUCAGCUUCAGCCCUGUUACACGCCUAUCUCCAAACCAGUACCUGAACUGUCUGAUUGUGUUUUUGAAACUACAUGUUUGGAGGACUCCUUAGAGUUGGGGGAAUUUUUAUUUUCAAUUUUUUCAGAUUUGGAUUUUGCCAUUCUUAAAGAACCAGUUUUUUUUGAUAUCUUGAAGACGUCAUUUUUUAGUUUUUGUGAGUCCUUGUCCCCUAGGAUCAUUGAGAUUUUGCCUUCGCCCCAAAGUGCCAACGAGCCCUCGCCCUCAAGCAGCGCCGGCGAGCCCUCGCCCUCAAGCAGCGCCGGCGAGCCCUCGCCCUCAAGCAGCGCCGGCGAGCCCUCGCCCUCAAGCAGCGCCGGCGAGCCCUCGCCCUCAAGCAGCGCCGGCGAGCCCUCGCCCUCAAGCAGCGCCGGCGAGCCUUCGCCCCAAAGUGCCGGCGAGCCCUCGCCCUCAAGCAGCGCCGGCGAGCCUUCGCCCUCAAGCAGCGCCGGCGAGCCCUCGCCCUCAAGCAGCGCCGGCGAGCCCUCGCCCUCAAGCAGCGCCGGCGAGCCCUCGCCCUCAAGCAGCGCCGGCGAGCCCUCGCCCUCAAGCAGCGCCGGCGAGCCCUCGCCCUCAAGCAGCGCCGGCGAGCCCUCGCCCUCAAGCAGCGCCGGCGAGCCCUCGCCCUCAAGCAGCGCCGGCGAGCCCUCGCCCUCAAGCAGCGCCGGCAAGCCCUCGCCCUCAAGCAGCGCCGGCGAGCCCUCGCCCUCAAGCAGCGCCGGCGAGCCCUCGCCCUCAAGCAGCGCCGGCGAGCCCUCGCCCUCAAGCAGCGCCGGCGAGCCCUCGCCCUCAAGCAGCGCCGGCGAGCCCUCGCCCCAAAGUGCCGGCGAGCCCUCGCCCUCAAGCAGCGCCGGCGAGCCUUCGCCCCAAAGUGCCGGCGAGCCCUCGUUCUCAAGCAGCGCCGGCGAGCCUUCGCCCCAAAGUGCCGGCGAGCCUUCGCCCCAAAGUGCCGGCGAGCCCUCGUCCUCAAGCAGCGCCGGCGAGCCUUCGCCCCAAAGUGCCAGCGAGCCCUCGCCUUCAAGCAGCGCCGGCGAGCCUUCGCCCUCAAGCAGCGCCGGCGAGCCUUCGCCCUCAAGCAGCGCCGGCGAGCCUUCGCCCUCAAGCAGCGCCGGCGAGCCUUCGCCCUCAAGCAGCGCCGGCGAGCCCUCGUUCUCAAGCAGCGCCGGCGAGCCUUCGCCCCAAAGUGCCGGCGAGCCUUCGCCCCAAAGUGCCGGCGAGCCCUCGUCCUCAAGCAGCGCCGGCGAGCCUUCGCCCCAAAGUGCCAGCGAGCCCUCGCCUUCAAGCAGCGCCGGCGAGCCUUCGCCCUCAAGCAGCGCCGGCGAGCCUUCGCCCUCAAGCAGCGCCGGCGAGCCUUCGCCCUCAAGCAGCGCCGGCGAGCCUUCGCCCUCAAGCAGCGCCGGCGAGCCUUCGCCCCAAAGUGCCGGCGAGCCCUCGCCCUCAAGCAGCGCCGGCGAGCCUUCGCCCCAAAGUGCCGGCGAGCCCUCGCCCUCAAGCAGCGCCGGCGAGCCUUCGCCCCAAAGUGCCGGCGAGCCCUUGUCCUCAAGCAGCGCCGGCGAGCCUUCUCACCAAAGUGCCAGCGAGCCCUCGUCCUCAAGCAGCGCCAGCGAGCCUUCGCCCUCUAAGGUUAGUGGGUCCUUGCCUUUCAAACCAGUCAAUGCUCCAUGGAAGAGGAUGAGGAUUCCACCUGGACCAUCAAGGUGGUCUUAUGUUCCACGUGGGGGGCUACUAAACCCACCAGUGGCACCUUGGUGGAACAAUGACUGGCUAAAAAGGACCUUUUUCCCUGUGAUGCCACCAUGGUGGUUUUCUGUUUGGGGAUUGAUAUGUCGGGACUGGUUUAAUAAUCUGUGUUUUGGACUUUAUUCUUGUCCCUUUAGAUUAAAUUCUGCUCCUUUUGUCAUGUAGGGAUUUUGUCUUUGCAAUAUUGGAUUGUCCCACCAUCCCUCCCCCUGGUCAACCUCCGUUCCGCCUCCCUCCUAGAUGGGCGCUUAUUUGGGAGUGUCUGGUAGCCACUCCCUUUAAGGGGGGGUAAUGUCAUGUCUGCUGUAGUGCCAUCUUGUGGUUUUCUGGACACUAGUUAUGUUUUAGUUUGUUCCUGCUUUGUAGUUCACGUGAUCACUAAUUGUUUCCAGCUGUCUGUCAUUGUCUAAUUAUUGUUGCCUUUAUAAGCCUUGUUAUGUUGUGUUUAGUUUGCCUUUGGAUUUUUGCUGUUUUGCUCGUGCACCCUGUUCACCCGAUUCUGGUUUGUUUUGUCCGGCUCUUAUCUGUUCCUAGUCUGCUCACUGACUCAUCGUUUUGGUUUGUUUGUUUGUUCACUUUGUUUCAUGUUGUGAUCAUAUUUUUGAAUUCCUGUUCUAACUUUGUUUGAUACACUUUUGUUUAUUGUGUUGUACUUUUGUCUCUGUUCGAUUUUUGAACCUGGCCUGUCCCCUUAUUUAUUAUUAAAACUUCUAUUGCUGCAUUUGGAUAUCUUUUGUAUUUUUGUA